GCACUAGUGCGCUUAUUGGAACACGGUGCUGUCUGCUCUGUCGGCCGCCGCUGAGUGAAGACGGAAGAUGACCGUCCAUAACCUGUACAUCUUCGACCGUAACGGAACCUGCCUGCACUACAGCGAGUGGAACCGUAAGAAGCAGGCAGGGAUCUCCAAAGAGGAGGAGUUUAAGCUGAUGUACGGGAUGCUGUUCUCCAUCCGCUCCUUCGUCAGCAAGAUGUCUCCACUCGACAUGAAGGACGGGUUUAUCUCCUUCCAGACGAGUCGGUACAAACUUCACUACUAUGAGACCCCCACAGGCAUUAAGCUGGUGAUGAACACGGACCUGGGGGUCCCGAACUGCAGGGACAUCCUACACCAGCUCUACAGCACGGUGUAUGUGGAGUACAUAGUGAAGAACCCGCUGUGCAUGCUGGGAGAGACUCUGCAGAGUGAACUGUUCUCCAGCAGGCUGGACUCGUUCAUCAGAGCGCUGCCCUUCUUCAGUGUCCGCGCAGCCUGAGGACCACUGCUACCACCGGGGGGCGCCAGUCUGGCUGUGUAUUGUGUAAAAUACUGUUUAUAUUCAUUGCUUUUUUCUGUGCAGUCUGAUUCCUCCAGCUGUCCAAUGAGGUGCCUGUUCCUCCACCUUAAUUUAAAUAUUCAUGAGUAAUUCCACAUUCAGA